AUGGCUCCACGUUUCGAUGAAUCGAUUGAAAAUGCUUGUACAAGUACAAUUGCAAAUUUCUUUAAAAACAAAACAAUUUUUGUGACUGGUGCAACUGGAUUUGUAGGAAAAUGUUUAUUAGAAAAAUUAAUUCGAUCAUGUCCAAAUCUUCAUCGAAUUUAUGUUUUAAUACGAGGAAAACAUAAUAUAACACCAAAUGAACGUCUUAUUCAAUUAUGUGCAUCACCGGUAGAAAAAAAAAAAGAUUGCAAUUUUUCUUAG